UCCAAAACUAAAAGUGGAAAGUGGAAAUAAUAUUUAGCCCAGUUAGAUUGCCAAAAGCUCUCAUCUUUGAUCUCGUCCCAUUACUCUCUGGCAAAGCAAUAAUAUGUUGCUACGCAGUUCAUCAAUUCCGAUUUUCGAUUCGUGGUUCCCCCCUCAUGCUACAGAUUCAUCUCCCGAACCCGAAAUACGGCACCAAUCAAUGGCGAGGACUCGAUCCCUCAAACUGACAACUUCUCCUUCUUCCGCCAAGUUGAGCAGAGCCCUCUCAGAUCCUGCUCUCCGGGACUUGUCGGUGACCCCGAGGAGACGACCUUUCCCUCAGGCGAUACACUUGGAGGAAGAUAGAGGUGUGGGAACAAGGACGACAGCAUCAUCCCAGGAGUGUGAAGUGGGCGUUUUGGGUGGGGGGCUUGGCCGUGGAGGGGGAAUUUGCGGAGGUGGAAGCGGUGGAGGUGGAGGAGGGUCAGAUGAGGGGGGAUCUGGUGAUGACGAUUCUAGUCACGGGAGUGAUCAUACAGAAGCGUAUUAUCGGAGGAUGAUCGAUGCAAAUCCUAGAAAUCCUCUCAUCCUUAGCAAUUAUGGGAGGUUCUUGAAAGAGGUUCGAGGAGACUAUGCCAAAGCUAAGGAGUAUUGUGGGAGAUCAAUCCUAGCAGACCCUAAUGACGGGAAUGUUCUGUCAAUGUUCGCUGAUUUAGUAUGGGGGAGUGAGAGAGAUGCCGAACGAGCUGAGGCUUACUUUGACCAAGCUUUGAAGGUUGCCCCUGAUGAUUGCUAUGUCAAGGCAUCUUAUGCCCGAUUUCUGUGGGAUGCUGAAGAAGAUGGCGAUGAGGAGGUGGCUGAAGACUACACGGCCAAGACACCGACGCUAAGCUUCUACCAAACUCCUCCACCACCACCUCCUCCUCCUUUAGCUGCAGCUUCUUAGGCUCAUAUAUAUAUAUAUAUAUAUAGGCCCUUCUCUCUACGGCUAGCUUGUAACAUGAUAAUUACUUUAGGCAAAAUUGUAACAUAAAAGAAUAGGUUAGGUACCGCACCCCAUUGGGGUCUCCCUGCAAGUAUAUAUCCUCUUUUUUUGUUUUUUUGUUUUUCUAGAGAUUUUUGAGCAACUUCCCAGUUCCCUGAUCUUGAGAUGAGCCUAUAAUUAAGUACUCCCUGAUUUGAUCUCCACGAUUCAUUCCUGUAGGAGGAAGACUGAAUUCAAAGAAAAUAAAAGAACCAAAAGAAUAUUUUUGGGGA